GUUUCUAACUGUUACCGGCUCCGGCUCCGGGGACACAGACGCACGAUACGUGACCCUGCUGUAUGUGACUGUGGCAGACCGGGGUCAAGGUGGUGGUGGGCACUGGACCCAGAUCAGAUCAUCAGUACCCUGCUCAUGGAUCAGCUCAGAACAGAAAGAGUGCUCUCUGACAGACAGAGGCAGCCGGACAGGAGGAUGUGCUCACUACACAGACAGCUUAGUCAGCUGCUCACAGUGUGGAGCUGGAGGAGGAGGGUGGAUGUUUCUGUCUACCAGGCCACUGGUUGUCACUUCAGGCCCUUCUGCGCCACCACUUCAGAACCAGACCCCAUCCAGAUCCACAAGAAGAAACUGUUCCUUUGGUUCAGCCACCUUCCUCAGGAGGAGAAACAGUUUGGAGGUUACUUCAGCCCAGAGACCAUGCAUGUGGAUCCACUGAUCCUGGAAAGAAAGGCUGAGGAGAGAGCAGGAUUUCUCAGCUUCCCUCUCCAGACCCAGACCCUCUCCAGCCCAUCUGUGACUGUGAAGCAGCUGUUUGAGCCCACUGAGGGCUGGAGUGAGGGUAGGGGGGUCAACGUGCUGCUCUAUGGGGCUGUGGGGACAGGGAAAAGCACGGUGGUCCGAAAGGUGGUGCUGGAUUGGUGCACUGGGAAAAACUUGACCCACUUCAAGCUGCUGGUGCCUUUCUCCUGUGAGGACCUCAGCCAACUGUCAAAGGCGGCUUCCUUAAGGGACCUGGUGAGCAGGAAGUACCUCCACCUGAGAAAACACCCCCUGCUGAGUGGAGAGGGAAACCAGGCCAAGGAUGUGCUCUUCCUCUUCAAUGGGAUGGAAAAGAUGAACCUGGACUUCCGGAUCGGAUCCACAGAGCUCUGCAGUGAUCCUAAUGAGGCACUGCCCCCUGACGUGUUGGUGGUGAACCUGCUGAGGAAGUACCUGCUGCCUGAGGCCAGCAUCUUGGUUACCACCAGACUGUCUGCCCUGGACCGUAUCCCUCAGAAGUAUGUGAGCCGCUAUGCUCAGAUUUGUGGCUUCAAUGACCCAGACCGGCAGCAGGCUUACUUCACCAGCCGCCUGCUGCAGCAGACCGGUGAAACUGCACAUAAUCACGAGGCUCAGGCUCUUAUAGAGCUGCUUUACCUCAACCUCCAGAGAGAGAGCCAGCUGGCUGCAGCCUGCUUCCUGCCCUCGUAUUGCUGGCUUACAUGUGCUACCUUACACUUUCUCCAUUUCACCGAUGCCAACGCACCCAUUCGCACGCUGACCGGCAUAUACACCAGUUUCCUCAGGCUCAACUUCGGCGGUGAGGUGCUGGGAACGGGAGCAGGGACAAAUGAGCCCAUUCAGAAGCACCAAAGUUCUCUGAUGUUGUAUGUGGUCCGUACAGUUGGUAAACUGGCGUUUGAUGGAGUGACUUACAAACGAACAUCGUUUUCGGAGAGCGAACUGGAGCAGUGGAUAGGAGGGAAGACCAAGACAGACGAGGAGCUACGUCAGUUGGCCAUGUUUCGCACCGAUGUGCUGGACUUCUUCUUGGCUCCCUGUGUAGAAAGUGGAAAACAUUUACCAGAAGCUCUCAGUCAGAGUGAUCAGAGGCACUAUGUGUUUGCUGUCCCAGCCAUGCAGGAGUACCUUGCAGCUCUCUACGUGGUUCUAGGAGAGAACAAGUCGGCUCUGGAGAAAAUGACCAGGCAAGUGUCUGUAGCCAUUGGUCAGGCAAGUGAGUCCAGUGAUGUGAGCGCCCUCUUCACCAUCCUGUCCAAGUUCAUCCCCUUCCGAAUAUUUGCUGUGUUCAACCUCCUCAAGCUUUUUCCGAAGCUCUAUGAGAAAAUCAGCAGCCACAACAAAGGCAGCAUAGCCAGAACCAUGGCAGCCGAGAUGUUCCGCACCGAGGACAGCUACAACGAGGACAUCCUGGAUCAGGUGGAGCAAAGCCUCCUGGGAGUACAUGGCCCUCAGCCUCAGCGGUCCAGUGAAAGCCAGCCCUUUGAACUCUACCCUAUCUUCAUGGGUGGCCUGUUGCAUUAUGGUAACCGUGUCCUUCUCCAGCAACUUGGCUGCAGCAUUCAGAGCACCACUGUGGUCCAGAUCACACGGGCCCUCAGAAAGUACCUUGUCAGGGAACUCAGCAAGCCACAGCCACCAGAGGAGCUGAUGGAUCUGCUGGUCCUUCUGUACGAGUUUCAGAACCCCAGACUGACUGCAGAGGUUCUGGCUUCAAUCAGAAGCAUCCGCCUCGCUAACAUUCGUAUGACAUCACUCAAAUGCUUUGUACUGAGCUCUGUGCUCUCAUGUACCCCUGCAAGUUUCCACCUGGAGCAGCUGGACCUGUCCUCCUGUCUCCUGACUCAAGACAUGCUUCAGAUGCUGUGGCCUGCCUUCAGACACACACAGGACCUCAAUCUGCAGUUUAACAGCCUGGGGCCUGAGUCCUGCAUCCUCCUGAGAGAUCUGCUACUAGACCCCAAGAGUUCUAUUAGAGCUCUACAUCUGUGUGACAACCCUCUGCUGGAGUCUGGAGCCUGCACCCUGCUGGAGGCCCUGCCACAGAACCAGUCCCUGACCCACCUGUCCUUGAUGCACACUGGGCUAGGGGACCAGGCGGCCCUGGAGGUGGCUGAGAGGCUCCAGCAGCACACGGGGCUCCAGGAGCUCAACGUGGCCUAUAACAACAUUGGAGACAAUGCUGCUCUGGCUCUGGUGGAUGCCUGCAGGGAACACGCCAGCAUUCACACUGUGCACUUGUAUCUGAACCCUCUCAGUGAUGUGGGAAAGCAGUCCCUGUAUGUCCGAAGUGUUCCCACAAGUCAUGGCAGCAGUGGCCGACGGGUCAAAGUCCUGGCCUCAGUCACUGAAGGCUCAGACAUCUCGGAGAACUGGCACCCCAUCCUUAGUGUGAUCCGAGAGAACGCCUCAUCCUGGGACCGCCAGCGUGUCAAGCAGCAGCUUCAGGUCUUCCUCAGGGAUCUGGAGUGGGGGCGUCAGCAACAGCAGAGCCUGUGGAAGAGGCUGCACUUCCGCAAGGUGGAGAAGGGAGUUCGACAGACUCUGCAGAUGCUGGAGAAGAACACUCUGCCUCCAUCCACAGGAUACAGAAAGUUACUGAGAAGCAGAAGGUGAAAGGAGAGUGAAUGUCUGUUGCAGCAUGUCAGGUCUGAGUCUGAGUGAGUCCACACAGGAGAACAGUCUGCAACCAGGACAUACAGCUUCACUACUAAACAGGAAAUGACUUCACUCAAACAUACUUACUCAGCAGCUUAAAGAUCAACUCAGACUUUUCUUCCUCAGCUCAGAGAACACAGAGCUCAGCCACACAUACUGUCAGUGUGAGGAUGACGGAGAGAUGGUGCUGCCACACUGGGUGGUGCUCUGCUGACAGUGUGUAAAUGUAUCUGAGGUGGAGGAACACCUUUGACAAAUAAAUCUCUUCCCUUCACACAAACCGAGCCUACAAAACAAAGUGCAGUAAAACAAACAGUAGGAGGUUCUGUACGCAAACAUUCACCAUUUCAUAUGUGAUAAACAACAACACAUGGCAGAGCCAUAAAUAAGACAGUAUUAAAAUAAAAAGACUCAGGGUUUGAAAUGAUAAAAAGCUGAAAUAAUAAUAAUGUUACUGUUACUGUUAGUCCAGCUAAAGCAGCUGGCUAAUGGUUCAGCUCUUUAUUAUAAAAGGCACUUUGUUACCUGCUGAAUCAAAGUUCCAGUCAGUGUUCGAGUGUACACAAUAUUCUUGCAUUAAAAAAGAAAGAGGAAAAACAGAAGCUGCGGUAUCCUGACUUCUACUUUUUAAUAUGGGUCAGUCUCAGAAACACUGACUCACACUUCCCAUAAUGCAACUGGGUAUUUUCUCUGUUAGACCCUCUCAGGCAGUGGAAGGCUGGAAAGUUAUGAGGUCUGUCCCAGGCGUGAUUAUUGCUAGUGAAAGUUAACACAGCUUAUCCAAGAAAGGUGUUUGUUCCAUCAGCUGCUGUCCAAAUAGAGUUACAGCUUCCCAUUAUCUUCCUCUGUUCUGCUCUCUGCCCUGUUUGCUGUUGGUCAGUGUAAAUUCAGGUGUCAGAGAGACUAGUGUGAAUCCAGGUUUUUGUCAUCCAGGUUUUUGGCUGCCAUGUUGUUUGGAGCCACAUGCUGCAUGUUACAUCUAUGCAAAGCCAUACUGAUGACAUUUGAAAUGUACUUUUUAAAACCAUUCAAGUUAUUUUAUUGUUUCUCCAUGGACAGUUUCAUAUGAACAGAUGAAAUGUUUCCUGUGUUUGUCAGUAAGCGUGAUCUGUCUCUGUUCAUUCAUUGCAGCCUUAUUUUAACACCAGCACUGCUCCUCUAGUUAAUGGUGGUGUAUAACCUCAGUAUUGUGUUUGUUUUUUGAUUGUUUGGUUGGUUGGUACUGACUGAAAUCUGUUGCAAACUGUUCAGUACCAAACUCUGGCAUCAGAUGUCGAGUUAGAGUCACUGAUCCAGACUCUGAUCAGACUCCCCUCUAUAACCUGAGAGCUUCAGCUUCUUUGUUAAAUGAACAAAAAUUAUGCAGAAAAACAUGUUUAAAGUUUAUGUGUCAGUUCAUUUCUAACCAGCAGAGUGAGUUUGGCUGAACAGACAGUUGCAUGAUGAUUUGUACAUUUGAGAUCAUGAAUGGUGUAAUGCUGCCAGAAUGUGCUGCCUGUUCUGUGUGUAUAUGUAACAACUGACCUGUGCUCUAAUGUAAACCUGGUGUAUUAAAUGUUUUGCUGCAAA